ACAAGAUAACUAGUUAUUAGUCACCAGAGCUUCAAAGGAAACGGGAUCGAAUACCUCAAAAGUGGGAAUCGAAACAGAUCUACAUACAUACCCUCUCCUCAGCAGUGGAAACAUUUGUAGGCCUUAUAUCAUGUCUAGUUUAACUAAUCUGUUUGAUAAUGAGGACCGAUAUCAAGAUGUUUAUUGCAAUGGUUUCUCUCGGAUCGCCAUGAAAGAUGUCGUUCUCAAAGAAGUGUCUCAAUAUUUUGACGACAACGUGAUGAAGAAAAUGACCGACGCAUUUCCAGCAGACGAUCAAUUUAAUCUUCUUGGUGUUGGUGUAGGUGAAGGCCAUCAUGAACUUCACUUUCUAAAGAGUCUUGGAUCUCACUUCACGUCAAUAAGAAAUGUAGCUGUAGAGCCAAAUCAAAGCUUAUUCGAAACAUUCAAAACCAACGCAGCUGCAUGGAGUUCUGAUGAUAAAUCCAAUCAUGAUUCCCGGUGGUUCACUGGUCCUCUCUCGCAGUUCUUUUCUGAAAAUCCUUUGGCGAAGUGCCAGUACAACCUAAUCAGUGCUAUACACUCGAUGUAUCAUACUGGUGACCUUGAGACGACCUUCACCAGGCUGAUGUCAAUGCUAAAAGACAAUGGCAUCAAGAUCAUUGUAUUGUCAGAAUGCAAACUGAUAAAAGAAACCUUCCUUCAGAAUACAUGGCUCCCGUUAAGUUUCCGCGUAACCGGAAAAUCACUUUCUGAUGAAAUACGCAAGGUGUCCGAGCAAAAAGGAUAUACCGUUAGUACAAAGAAGCUGGAUAUAACGUUGGAUCUCACGGAUCUAUUUGAUGAGGAGUCGGAGCUAGGGGACAAACUAGCUGAUUUCAUAACGUGUACAGCGUACUUGCGGAAAACAGCAUCGGCUGAAAAGCUGGACGCAUUGAUGUCGUUUUGGCGGUCGUUAUGCUCACAGGAGGAAGAUGGACGCAUGCGCACGUUGUCACACGAAUCUAUCAUGGUCAUAUCAAAGUAAACGAGCAUAAACAUCAACCUUCUUGGAAAAAAAAACAGUCAAGAAAAAGACA